UAGCCCCACCUCGUGGUCAGCCUCCUCCACCACCACCACGUGCUGCGGCGGGCAAGCGGCUCGGCGCGACUUUUAUUAACUAAGAAGCAACAGCACGCGACUUUACCACGGGAUUACUCGGUUUAAAACAACAACAACAACAGUUUGUUUGUCCUCCUUCAAGUUGCUCGUCUGAGCCAUGUCGGACAACGAAGACAAUUUCGAUGGAGAUGAUUUUGCUGAAGAUGAGGAGGCGAUGGACGACCUCGACAAUGCCGAGGAGGAGGGCGAGGAGAGAGUGGAGGUGCUCGCUGCGGGAGAUGGGACCCCCGGUGCGGCGAAGAGAAUCACCACUCCGUACAUGACAAAGUACGAGAGGGCGAGAGUCCUGGGCACUCGCGCCCUGCAGAUCGCCAUGUGUGCCCCAGUCAUGGUGGAGUUGGAAGGAGAAACCGAUCCACUGCAGAUCGCUAUCAAGGAACUCAAGGCUCGGAAAAUACCCAUCAUCAUCAGGAGGUAUCUGCCAGACGGGAGCUACGAAGACUGGGGAGUGGAUGAACUCAUAGUCACGGACUGAACACACACAUGGUUAUUAAGAUUCGUGGGGAUGGAGGGUCAGGACUCGGUUCCAGGAGACCGGGUCUCAGGGUCUUGAGACUCUGCUCCAGGAGACCGGGUCUCAGGGUCUUGAGACUCUGCUCCAGGAGACCUGAAUCUCAGAAUGUGGCAAAUUUUAGUGUUGUGUAGACUUUUACGUGUCAUUAAAUGAAACAAAAACGCAUCAAGAAUUGUACAUUUCCGAAUUUGACAAGUUGUAUCGUUGUAAUUUUUUUGCAAAUAAACAUUUGAAAAAAUCA